AUGUCAACCGUUAAACAAUUUGAGAAAAAACUCAAUAAGCUACAGGAUGAUGUAAACUAUCAUGGACAAACGCUAUCCCAAGUCCACGUUAUGCUUGCCAAUAUGUCUGGUGGAACUAUGUUAAACAAUAUAAACGACACUAAACUUGAUGUAAAACGGUACGUGAAUAAGAUGACAGCAAUGCAUCACGAAGCCAAUCACGAUAAAACUAAAACGAAACGUAGAAAUUUACAACCGUUGGCUCCAAAGAUAACAGCUAAAAGUUUUCAAAUUGAUAAAUAUGGAAUCAACACCAGUGAUUCCCCGAAUGCUCGCAUGAUCAAAUCCUCUUCCAAUCCUAAAAAUUUUUUUAAUGGAAAACGGUUAAAACAAAGAAAUGGAGAGGCACCACGUAAGGCAACUACUUUAAGAAAAAAAAUGCAAAUAAAUGAU